UCACUUUUCUUUUUUUAAUCAUUAGCCUUAUGCAGCUCUCAAAGCUAGAGAAUAUCUUGAUAAGCCUGCAAUACAUGAGACAAUGGUGAAGGUUAGCGCUUAUCUGCUUGGAGAAUACAGCCAUCUUUUGGCCAGACGACCUGGGUGUAGCCCAAAGGACAUUUUUGUCAUUAUACAUGAGAAGCUUCCUACUGUAUCGACUCCAACAAUAUCCAUUCUUCUCUCAACAUACGCAAAGAUUUUGAUGCACUCUCAACCACCAGAUCCCGAAUUACAAAACCAGAUCUGGGCAAUAUUCAGCAAGUGAGUUUAUAAUAAAUAC